AUGGCGAACCAACAAGGAGCUACAAUCACAGUUCAUUGGCUGAACAGAUCCCGUGGCCAGCGCAUCAUUUGGCUUCUAGAGGAGCUCAACCUCGAAUACAACAUCAAAGUCCACAAGCGCGAUGCCAACAAGCGCGCAGGCCCCGAGCUCAAAGCCGUGCAUCCCUUGGGAAAGUCUCCAACUGUUACCAUCAGACCAGCUGGUUCUGAAAAGGACAUUGUCAUUGCCGAGAGUGAGACAAUCAUGAGCUACAUCUGUGACCACUUUGGACAGCAACUGGUUCCCACAAGGUACCCAGAGGGACAGGAGGGCGUGCUCGGCGCAGAGACGGAGGAGUGGAUGAGAUAUAAGUUCCUGAUGGACUACACCGAAGGCAGUCUGUUCACCAUUUUGAUUCUCGCUCUCGUUACCGGCAACAUCAAGAGCGCCCCCGUUCCUUUCUUCCUCAAGCCCAUUACGGGCGGCGUCGCCUCUAAAGUCGACAGUUCCUUUGUGAACCCGGAGCUGAAGACGCACUUUGACUACCUGGAAGAGUACCUGGUGUCGUCCCCCUCCAAAGGCGAGUUCUUCUGCGGCUCCAGCAUCACGGCAGCAGACAUUAUGAUCCACUUUGGGCUCGAGGGCGGGUGCCAGCGCGUGCCGCUGAGCGAGACGAGUUACCCGAAUCUGUACAAGUACAUGAGGAGGCUGCAGGAGCGGGAUGCGUACAAGAGAGCAGCGAAGCGAGUGGAGGAGGCGAGCCAGGAGAAGUACGUGCCAUUCAGCGACACGAAGCUUUAG